AUGGGAAUGGACGAGUUGUUCUCUGCAAGUGUCAAUCUAAAUGGUUUCAGUACUGAUCCCAGAGUGGAUGUCUCAACUGUUAUACAUGAGGCAGCUGUUGUUGUCAAUGAAAAUGGUACUGAAGCUUCUGCAGUGACAGUCAUAGGAGGAGGGAGAUCAGGUUAUAUUCCUGAUCCUGCAACUGUUGAAUGUGACAGGCCAUUCCUGUUCCUCAUCAGGGAGGUGAAAGAGGUAGUGAGUGGAUGGUCAACAAAAACAAUUCCUGGACCAAUUUUAUUCUUUGGAAAGGUUUCUGUGCCGGAGAAGACCAAGAAUCCUAAAUGUAAUGGAAAAAAAUUGCGUAGAUGCAGGGAGAACUGUAGGCCAAAAUGCUUUGAAGCUAACAAGAAGUUCCCAAGUCCUAGGAAUAAAUGUCCUUCCUGGGUUGGCUUAAUGAAAAAAUACAAAAAAUGCAAGGCUGUUUGUCGUCAGAAGCAGUGUGUGCAAAAUUGUUAAACCAUAUGUUUUGUGGCACCUGCCCAAGAACACGCACACAAGCAUGCACACCAUCGGCACAAGGUGACAACAAUAUAACACGGAAAAAGUGGGAUAAAAAGACUAGGAUCAGAAUAUAAAUUUGAACUAAGAAAUGACAAUGUUAGUGUACUACUAACUGUAGAUUGUUUUAAUUUUGCGGAUUUGACGGGUUGAUACAUCACGGCUCUACUAAUUUUUUUAAAUCCCUGGGACCUUAACUCUUAGCCCUUGGAUCUUAAGUAGCAUUAUGAAUUCUUUCAAUACUUUGAUUGUUAUCUCAUUUUCAUUACAUUUUAGCUCUUAACUAUGGGUCAAUCUGCCAAAUUAAA